AUGGGGUCGUGGGGUCAGGGGGUCGUGGUGUUUUUGGGCGGAUGGGGCCUUGAACAGUCUUCCUGCCCUAACAGGGGCAGCCCAGUCCUGCUGGAGCAGACAGAAGACGGGGGUCCUUGUGUCCUGACGCUGACAUGUAGCCCCGCCUCCUCUGCCAUCAGCCGCCUGCUGGUCAUCAGCGAGGCUCGAACCAUGGAGGUGUACAGCCAGAGCGGGGAGUACUGCGGGACGGGUCGAGGGCUGAAGGAUCAGAGCAACCAUCCAGACAGGUCAGAUCGAGGACCUUUCUACGAGAAACAGCUGAUCCUCGAGAAUCCGUCGGUCUCAUGUGAAGUGAAGCUGCUCUCUCUGGCUGGUAGAAACAGUGUUUUGGUUUGCCGGGUCAUCGUGGGCCUUCAGUCUCUGAAGCCCCACCCCCUCCAUGGCGUGGGCAUCGACAUGCAGCAGGUGCAGAGUCUGGUCGAUGAGAUCGGGAUGAGUCUCUCACCUGGAGCACAGAACCUCAUGGACAUGGUGCAGUUCCAGCAGAAGAACCAGACCGGCUCUCUUGGGGGCUUCCUGCCUCUCCUGAUGGGGGGUGGGUCUCUCUCUGCCCUGGUCCCUCCAGCAGCUUUCAGCUAUCAGCCACAGCCUGCAGACUUCCGGCAUCCUCCAGUCAGCUGCUCCCAGCCUGCAUCUCUGUCAGGUCAGCAUGGAGCCAUGAUGUCAGACGGCUCCCCCUCCGGAGCCCCACCCACUCCUCAGUCUCAGGAAGACCAUCAGGACUCGGAGAGUUCACUGUGUGAUGUCUCUGAUGUUUCAGACGGUGGAUCCCGAACCCUGACGAGCGGCGAGGUCAGAGGGCCAGGCCACGCCCAGUUGGCGGAGAUGAUGUCACACUUCCUGAACGCUCAGGGUCGUGAGCAGGUGUCGAGCUCCGGCCCGGAGUUUCUGCCCAUGCUCCAGAGCGUCUGUGGUCAGGUGACCAAGCUGCGCCUGGAUGACGCUGCGGCAAUGGCGGAGAAGGAGGAGGAGCUGAGAAACGGCUCAUGGGAGUUGGACUCAGCCAUGGAGCGUCGUCUUGAGGAGAUGGAGAGGAGGCUGAAGGAACAUGUGGACCGUCGUCUCGAUGCUAUCGAGCAGAAGUUAGAGAAGUCCCUGCUGAGCGUCCUCAACCAGGGAGCAAUGAGCAGCCCAACAGAGUCCAGUGUCCACGGCGCCGCCGGAGCAGACUGCCCCGACCCCGGCCGUGCACUAACCUCAGAACCUCUAAAAGACUAACAUGAAGCCUUUGUGCCCCUGCUCCCUCUAAAACUACACUCUGACCUGAGAGGCGGAGCAGGAGGCGGAGCGGACACUAACAGAGAAACAUUAAAGCAACUUAAUGAAAGCAAUAAUCUGCUGAAAUGUAAAAGUGUAUUAAAUCCAUCUUUCAAGAUGGAUGCUUUGUAACGGUUUGCUUCACUUGGACCUCUGCCAAAACAGCAAAUGUUUGAAACUCUGUUACCCUAACCCGGAGACCACAGUGACCCGAGGGAUGUGGUCUGACCCAGGCCCAGAUUUAUUUACAGUAAGAGGUCCAUGUAGACACUCUGAUCCUGACCAACAGUUAGUACUGAACCUGCACGGAUCAGCUGAUUCCUGUUCAGUUAGUCAACCGACAUCUGGUUUACAGAUUGUCUCGUAUGAAGGUUAUCACAGUUUAACCCUUAACCCCCCCCCCCCCCCCCACAGAGUUUAUAGAUGUUUUAACAUGCAAUCAGUAAUCUACUGUAAGGUAACAUAAAGCGUACCUGUAAAGAUUCUGUGUUGACUGGUGAUGUUUUUAACUGCAGUUUAAAGAAAUUAAAACUAUAUUUAUACUGAC